AUGGCGCGUCUUAGCACCCUUCUCGCCUUGAGUCCCGUUCUGCUCUACCUAGCCAGCGCGGAAUGCAACCGCACCGAGCUCCUCGCCUUUGUGGAUGGCUACGUCGCUGCUCAAAACAUGGGCUUCUUGGGGUACCUGGAAGGCGCCGACCCCUACAACUUCUCUUACCUAGAAAACAACAAGUCACGCGAGAUCACCACUGGCGUCCUCGGCAAGAUCCUCCACGUCGACCGCCAAUACACUGCCAUCGACCUUGUCAACUGCGCCACCUUCACUGAGCUCAUCAUCACCGAUCCGGCCCACCCCUACGUCAUCGGGACCCAGAUCCGGCAUCAAACCGACGGCCGUGGUGUGUAUCUGAUUGACAGCAUUGUGUCCACGACGGGGUCUUGGUUAUUCAACGCUUCGCAGACGUUGAGUUACGCCACAAAGGAAAAUUGGGAUCCCGUCAUCCCCCCCGAGCAGCGGUCUUCACGCGACGACUUGAUGCACGCCGCCGACACCUACCUCGACAUGUGGCAGAACGGCAGCGCCAUCGCCGCGGUCCCCUGGGGCACGCCGUGUGAUCGGCUCGAGGGGUCGGUGUACACGGGCAAUGGCUCGCCGACCGAUUCCUGCAUGGUGGGGAUUCCGACGAAUAAUACCCAGCCGCCUAACUCGGGGAGGAGAUAUGUGGUGGAUGAGGAAGGCGGGACGAUUAGUGUUUUGUGCGUUUUUGAGCACUUGAAUAUGGCGCCUGAUAGCCACCUGUUCAGGUUGUUGAACGGGAAGUUGAGGUAUAUACAUACGAUUACUGUUACUAGCUCGAGCUAG